ACCUCAUUUCUCUGCCUGCAGAGAACGUAGAAUAAUAUACGUUCUGUGUUGCUUGCUAUUAGUUGUAAUAAAUUGUUGUUUUCAUAUAUUGUAUUGAAAUUUAUAAUUAAAAUGGCUAAUAUAUCCCCUCGAGUCUUCGCUGCAAUGCAAAAUUUGGAUAUUAAAGCCCUUUCCACAUAUCCUUCUUACGAAAUACGACCAGUUUUACCGUCGUUAGUUAGGAUGAGUUUACUAUCUCCUCUUGAUAACACAGAAUCGUCGAUGGAGUCUAGAAAACAAAUACUAGCUGUUCUGAUAGGCAUAGAAGUGGUAAACAGCAUAGUUUCAUACCUGCAAGUAAAUUACCAUGAGUUGGAGCAAGAUUUGAAGAAGGAACUGCAAGCACGUCAGAAGUCUAUGUAUUUUGAAGGACAACAACCAGAAUACGGUUUACAAAGUGGUAUAGCUCUGGGUUUUGAGCGUGCUGAUGUUACACGGAAGGUGCGUGUCGUUUUGUCUGAAAUAUUUAACAUACAGUAUCAAUUGUCGGAUCAAAAAAGCAUUUUACAAUCAGAGGUUCUGGACGACGGAAUAUAUUUAGAAGAAGUUGUUGACAUACUAUGCAUAGCACUAGCGGAACUACCUUCGGUACUGAAUAUUGUAGAGCUGUCGGAUGCAUUGGUCCACGUACAAAAUGGGAAACGUAUUAUUUGCGCAUUAGUUGCGAACUUUCCAGAUUGCUACAGAGAUGUGGUAACUCAUAUUAUUUUGAAUUGUGAUGAAGAAACAAAUGAAGGAAAGUUGAAAUUAUCAUUGUUGAUGGCUUUGAAUGAAAUGAACCCCAGUCAAGCUCUACCUACAAGAUCUAUUUGUGUAGAAAUUUUAAAGGUUCCAUCAUUUAUGUUGAAACUUUGCCUCAAGUAUCCUGAAGACUUGGUUGCUUUCCUAACCGGAAUGUUACUGGGUAACGAUCAAAAUGUCCGGACGUGGUUUGCUCUUUACAUACGUUCAAGUCAGAAAAGGAAGAGCGAUGCUUUGAAUAUGGUACGAGUGGAACUUUUACUGCAGCUACAAAAAAAUGUUCAGAAAUCUUUAAAAUAUACAAAAUGUGAUGACUAUACAGUUCAAGGUGUGGUGCUAAUGCGGUUAUAUUGUGCUCUAAGAGGAAUCGCAGGACUUAAAUUUAAUGACGAAGAAGUUAACGUGCUAUCACAACUUGUUACUAGUCGUCCGCAACCUACACAAUCUGGAAUUCGUUUUGUGUCAUUGGCACUCUGCAUGCUGAUUGCCUGUCCAUCUCUGGUGUCUACAACUGCUCUUGAAAAUAAAUCAGUUGAAUGGUUGCAGUGGCUCAUAAAGGAAGAUAAAUUUUUUGGUAGAAAAUCUGAAACAUCUGCAUCACUGGGGGAAAUGUUGCUUCUACUCGCGAUACAUUUUCAUAGUAAUCAAAUAACAGCAAUUAGCGAAUUAGUUUGCUCCACCUUAGCUAUGAAAAUUCCUAUCAGACCCAAUAGUACAAACCGCAUAAAACAAGUUUUUACCCAAGACUUAUUUACAGAACAGGUGGUUGCGUCGCAUGCGGUUCGGGUACCUGUAACUCCCAGUUUAAAUGCCAACAUUUCAGGUUAUCUGUCGGUUCAUUGUAUACAUCAAUUAUUAAAAUCACGAGCAUUUCUAAAACAUAAGGUUCCCAUAAAGUUCUGGAUUUACAAGCAAAUUUGUAAUGCGGUCCGACCAUUGCAUCCUGUAAUGCCAGCGUUAAUCGAGGUUUACGUGAAUACAUUAAUUGUCCCUAAUCCGCUGGGAAAGGUCAAUGUAGAUCACAUGCACAAACCGUUUUCUGAAAACGAAAUAUUACACAUAUUUAAAACAUCAAAAACUGCAAAAACAGAUAGUGAGUUAUUUUUAAGCGGGAAUCCCACAGACGUCGAUGAAAUAUCAAAAAUCGAAAUUAAGUGUCCUUUAACGGCUCAAUUGCUUAUAUUGUAUUACUUAGUACUUUAUGAAGACACUCGUAUAUUUAACACGCAUAGUCAAUCAGUUGGCAGGAAAGUGAGGGAAUAUUCAAAUAAUUUUUUGGCAGAACUGCCAAUGAAGUAUUUAUUGCAAAAGGCAGAACAAUACCAAAACGAUUACGCUGGUCUCUUUCAUCCUCUACUCCGUUUAAUUAUUUCCAAUUAUCCGCACUUAAGUAUGGUUGAUGACUGGAUGGAGGAGCAUUAUUUAUCAAAUUCCAAUGCAACAAAUCUUAUGUUGAGUAGGCAAAUUGAUCGUUGUCUGGUUAUAAAGGCGCUUGAAAAGAUAAGUACUAAGCCAUCGAUAGCUAUACGAGUUUUCAGGGGCCUUUUAAAGUUACCUGCUGAAGAUCUGGGCCAAUAUUCAGAUUUAAUAGUUGAAAACAUGUCAAGAGUUUUCCAAAAAAAAGUUCCUAGAAUUAUUCAAGAGCUUUAUAAAGAUAUAUGGUUAAGGCUGAACUCAGUGCGCCCUACAAGUUUUUGGAAAAUGUCAUUGAAUUCUAUUGUUAAUGUGGAGACAGGCACCACAGGAUGUGCCACAUAUGUUAACGAAGAUUUAUUGGAUCCAUUGCAAGUCCUGAGGUGUGAUAAGCAAGUCUUUUACUCACCUUAUACGCUUAUGAUUCUGUUGCGUAUCCUGAAAGGGAGUUUGGCUGCUUCUAAAGCUUUCCUCAACGUCCAAAUGCAAACCAAACAGAUUUUAGAUAAAAACGGCCAGUUACAAACUGACAGCGAUCGGGAUGAAUUAAAAACGGCUUUGAUUGCUUCCCAAGAGAGCGCAGCAGUUCACAUACUUUUAGAGGUUUUAGCUGACAUGAACAGAAAUGCUUCGGAUACGGUAUCAACUUUCUCCUUACGAGAAAUACAAGGAAUAAUUUGUUCUUUCAUACAUCAAGCUUUUAUUUCGGAACCAUCUUUAGCAAAACUAGUUCAUUUUCAAACUUACCCCAGAGAAGUUAUACCAAUGAUGGUAAUGGGAGUUCCUUCCAUGCACAUUUGUAUCGACUUUUUACACGAAUUUCUCAACAUGCCAGAAAUGGAUAAGCAAAUUUUUACAAUUGAUUUGGCAUCUCAUCUCGUUCUUAAAUAUGCCAUACCUAAAAGCCUAAGUGUUUCUAAAUUUUGCAUUAACACAGUUCAAUCUUCCUUAUCUCUACUUUCCUCCAAUGCCAAAUGCAAGUUUUUGAGUAACAUCCUUCCUGCCCUCAUCCGAUUCGCAGAAGCUUUUCCGAUUUUAGUUGAUGACUGUAUUAAUAUUUUAAUGUUGACGGGAAGAAGUUUUCAUUCCCAAGGCACCUUAGGAAUUAGCCCUACCCAAAUGCAACUUACAUCAAGUACAAAGCGAAAUUGUUUUAAAGACAACCAACAAUAUAUCAGCAUGAUUGAGGAAGCUUUUGAAACGCUGAUCAAAAAAAUUGUGAAUAAAGUUGAGUUGUAUUGAAACCAAUUUAAAAAUAUUUGUCGAUUAAUCUGAAAAAUUAUUCGGGGGUGGCCUGGCGCCAGUAGCAUAUAUGGAAUUUUUGUCGGUCCAGAUAUAAGUAUUUCGCAAAUAUUCCCGCGAAAGCCAUAUUUAGUUGCUUAAAUUCCGAAAAUAGAAAAAUAAAAAAUAUUUUUGCAAUUGAGAUGGUUGCUACUUGUGAUAUUUUAACGGAAUAUAGGUAGUGGCGAGGCUGAAAAAAAUUAUUUUUUUUUUUAUUAAUUUUAAGUUUCCAUGUAAUGAUGGUCUCAAAAUACAUUCUUCUUAUCGAUGUGUAUCAAGUGUAAAUCAAAAAUGUCAAUGAUGUAAACUUUUAUAGAUGCAUUAAAGAAGGCAAGGACCUAAAGAAUAAAAAA